ACGCGCCGAGGCGGGCGGUGCGCCCUUCCCCUGGGCAGUCCACGCCUUCCGGCCGCCUAGUGGAGCUGCUGCUUUGGCGGGAGUUGGCGGCUGGUGUGAGGCUCUCAUGGCCACCAUAUUGGAAGGCAGACGCCAGACUCAGCCAAGAAGUAGCCCCAGUGGCCGAGAGACUAGCCUGUGGUCCUCAGGCUUUGGGAUGAAGCUGGAGGCUAUCACCCCAUUCCUGGGGAAGUAUCGCCCCUUUGUGGGUCGCUGUUGCCAGACCUGCACCCCCAAGAGCUGGGAGUCCCUCUUCCACAGAAGCAUAACGGACCUAGGCUUCUGCAGUGUGAUCCUGGUGAAGGAGGAGAACACCAGGUUUCGGGGCUGGCUGGUUCGGAGGCUCUGCUAUUUCCUGUGGUCCCUGGAGCAGCACAUCCCCCCCUGCCAGGAUGCCCCACAGAAGAUCAUGGAAAGCACCGGGGUGCAGAACCUCCUCUCAGGGAGGGUCCCAGGAGGCGCUGGCGAAGGCCAGUCUCCUGACCUUGUGAAGAAAGAGGUACAGCGCAUCCUGGGUCACAUCCAGGCCUCACCUCGUCCCUUCCUGGUCAGGCUGUUCAGCUGGGCGCUGCUGCGGUUCCUGAACUGCCUCUUCCUGAAUGUGCAGCUCCACAAGGGUCAGAUGAAGAUGGUCCAGAAGGCCGCCCAGGCAGGCUCGCCGCUUGUCCUCCUCUCUACUCACAAAACCCUCCUGGAUGGGAUCCUGCUACCCUUUAUGCUGCUCUCCCAGGGCCUGGGUGUGCUCCGUGUGGCCUGGGACUCCCGCGCCUGCUCCCCUGCCCUCAGAGUUCUCCUGAGGAAGCUUGGGGGGCUUUUCCUGCCCCCAGAGGCCAACCUCUCCCUGGACAGCUCUGAGGGGCUCCUUGCAAGGGCUGUGGUCCAGGCGGUCAUAGAGCAGCUGCUGGUUAGUGGACAGCCCCUGCUCAUCUUCCUGGAGGAACCUCCUGAGUCCCCGGGGCCACGGCUGUCAGCCCUGGGCCAGGCUUGGCUGGGGUUUGUGGUGCAGGCAGUCCAGGUGGGCAUCGUCCCAGAUGCUCUGCUGGUACCAGUGGCCGUCACCUAUGACCUGGUUCCGGAUGCACUGUGUGACAUAUACCAUGCCUCGGCCCCCCUGGGGCUGUGGACAGGAGCUCUGACUGUGCUACGUAGCCUGUGGAGCCACUGGGGCUGCAGCCGCCGGAUCUGCUCCGGGGUGCACCUAGCUCAGCCCUUCUCCCUGCAGGAAUACAUCGUCAGUGCCAGAAGCUGCUGGGGCGGCCGGCAGACCCUGGAACAGCUACUGCAGCCCAUCGUGCUGGGCCAAUGUACUGCCGUCCCAGACACUGAGAAGGAGCAGGAGUGGACUCCCAUAACUGGGCCUCUCAUGGCCCUCAAGGAAGAGGACCAGCUCCUGGUCAGGAGACUGAGCUGUCAUGUCCUGAGUGCCAGUGUAGGGAGUGCUGCGGUGAUGAGCACGGCCAUCAUGGCGACACUGCUGCUCUUCAAGCACCAGAAGCUCCUGGGGGAGUUCUCCUGGCUGACGGAGGAGAUACUGUUGCGUGGCUUUGAUGUAGGCUUCUCUGGGCAGCUACGGAGCCUGCUGAAGCACUCUCUGAGCCUGCUGCGGGCGCACGUGGCCCUGCUGCGCAUCCGCCAGGGCGACUUGCUGGUGGUGCCGCGGCCUGGCCCAGGCCUCACGCAGCUGGCACGGCUGAGUGCUGAGCUGCUGCCCGUCUUCCUGAGCGAGGCUGUGGGUGCCUGUGCAGUACGGGGGCUGCUGGCAGGCAGAGUGCCGCCCCAGGGGCCCUGGGAGCUGCAGGGCAUAUUACUGCUGAGCCAGAAUGAGCUGUACCGCCAGAUCCUGCUGCUGAUGCACCUGCUGCCGCAAGACCUGCUGCUGCUAAAGCCCUGCCAGUCUUCCUACUGCUACUGUCAGGAGGUGCUGGACCGGCUCAUCCAGUGCGGGCUCCUGGUCGCUGAGGAGACCCCAGGCUCCCGGUCAGCCUAUGACACAGGGCGACAGCGACUGAGCAGGAAGCUGCUGUGGAAACCAAGUGGGGACUUUACUGAUAGUGACAGUGAUGAUUUUGAAGAGGCUGAGGGCCGGUACUUCAGGGUGUGUUUCAAGAAGCUGCCCCUGGAGGGAGGUGGUAGGGAGGUGAUGCCAGAGCCUCGUGAUAACUAUGCUCCAUGA